UUUAACUAAUUCCCGACCGGCCGUUGUAUAUAAACGGCCAGACAGUGGCAGUGCAGGAUGGGGUGGACGUUUAUAAACGUGAUCCAGUGCCCGCUGUGUCCUCCGGACACAGUGAAACACCGAUCAUCGGACGGGACCUCUGUACGAGGUCCCGAUCAUGUGAUCACUGAUUGGCCAAUCAGUGAUCACAGGUAAAAUCUGUGAAUGAUCACAGAGGUCACAUGGUACAAGGCUAUUCACAACAGCUUUGUACCAUGUGACAAGCUGUGACCAAUCACAGCUCACUCAGUAC